UGCUAUGCAACUUGACUCACUAAUGGCGGCAAAGUUGUAGUUUAUCGCCGAGUGAGGAAAUAGAAAAGUUCGGGAUGGCUACAACAAUUCUACCUAUGGAUGGUCCACCAGAGGUGGUGAAUGCUCGUCGAACAGAAUCACUUGAUGCGCCACAUAUUAUCAAACUUGUCAAGGAAAAUACAGAUGCACUCUUUGGUAGAGUCAAUAUUGUCAACUUGAUUGAGAAAGCUGUUCUGGCCGUCACACUAUGUAACGAUAAAGAAGACAUACUUGGCCAUGCUGCAUUCUUUGAUUACCCGAACAUUCCGGAGGUUGACCAAGCUAGCUGGGAGUCUUGGAUAAAGAACAGUUACGGCAACGAGAAGAGUACAGCCCUGAACACAUUGUUUAUGCAUUACUUUGUGGGCAAAUCUGACUACGCCCACGGAUGCUGCAGAGAAAUCAUCAGGACUGCAUUUAAUGCUGUGCCAGAUCUCCACUUUCUCUACCUGUUUGUGCCUAUGAAGGCUUACCCAGAAUCUGCUUUGGAUGAAGUUUUCAAGCAGGUAGAUAAGACAGAGGGAGUUAGCGAUGGAGUAAGCGGUGCCCUGUUUGUGUGUCACAGACACGACCAUGUGCCUGUCCUCCACGUCAGGAAGGCCACCGUUGAGGACCAUGAUGACCUCACCCCGAUUUUCACUCGCCAAAGUGACAUGUUGAACAUGACCUACGGAGACUUUUUCCUGGCAGAGCUCGUGGAGGCGCAGGACGAACACAUGCAGUGCUUGGUAGCUGAGGUGGAAGGCACAGCUAUUGGAUUUAUGAGUAUCAGCGAUGAUGUAAAUGCUCCCUUGUUGAAUGAAUGUUUUGAGCUUGGGCCAUUCCACGGUCUCCGAAAACCACACGCAGAGGACAACUUGGCAGCACCGAAAACUCCAACACCUUCACCCCCUCCAGAAGAAGAGCGACCAUCUUCCAGAGGAUCACAAAAGUCCGGAGGAUCAGGAAAGGCGGAAGGAGAACCAACUUCUGGUACUGAGGGCACGAAGAAUGAGGGUACGGAGGUGUCUGCCUCAGAGAAAGUUGAGGACAAGAAAACCAGCAGUCAGCACUCAAGUGGGAGGAGCUCAAGGGCUGGAAGUACAAGUGCAGAAGACGUCAAUAAAAUCCAGUCCAAACUCAGCGAUGCUCACAUGCGUGAGAGUGCGACGUCCCUACUGAGCGACAGUGCUGUGGUGGUUGCAGAGGUCGCCAAGGAGGCAGAGGACCGCAACUCACAGGCGUCAAGUCGCAAGAGCUCUGUAAGAGAUGAGAUGUCUUCGAGACUUGCUACCCCAAUCAAGCCAAUUACUCCUUUGUCAAGUCUGCCGAAACGCUUCGUGCCGUCAUACAAAGGGGAGGUCAACGCAUUCAGCAUUCAGCUUUUCUGCAUUGAUGAAAGAUUUGAAAUGAGGUCGUCCGAUUUCCUGACCAAGGCUUUCUCCCUGUUCCCACAGUUUGACUUUAGUGUGAUUACUGUGCCCCACCUUGUCCCGGAGUUUCCGCUCCUCCAAGGGUUUGUGAGGGUGACACCACGCUGUCCCAGUACUCUGUCACAGGAAUUGUACGUCUUCCACCGAUCAGGGUUGAUGAAAGAUUUCAAUGUACGUCCAGCCUGUACAAAGGACACAGCGGGAGUGGAGAAACUGGUAAAGACUGUCAGCCUUCAGGAUAACCUGAUGGCCGACCUCAAACAGUACAACCAGGCAAGGAGAGAUGAGUUCUUGCAAACCGACCUGGGAAAAGAUGGUAUGGAGAUUCAGGCGUUUGUUGCUGAAUGUCAAGGCCAGAUCGUUGGGACAGCUGUUAUAAGAAAAGAAGAGGACAUUGAGUAUAUCAGAUCUCACUACAACAUAGAGGACUUUAUCUACUUCAACCAUCACAGGCGAGAGGAACAUGGCCACCUUCACCACUUCGCGCUCAACCCCAUCUUCAGCCAUCUAUCCAAGCAUUUCAUCAAGGAAAUACUGCGACAGGGUCACAAGACAUGCCUGUACUACCCGCUGUAUCCCCCUUACACUGACAAACAGAUCGUGGAGAAGCACUCUUUAGUCUGUUGUUUGAACGACAUGGUGCCGGUACGAUCCCGCAGACAAAUCAUCUACCCCGUAGAAAAACUGGGAGUGAACGCUCCGUCUGAGAGGGUGUUGGCCGACAGGGACGCAUACGCCCUCAACCACAUCAACAGAAAACUGGUGAUGGAGCCAAAGGUGACGAUAAACGCCAGGAUCGUGGUCAUCGGAGCAUCAAAUGUUGGAAUUGCGUUUUUAGAAACUCUGGCAUACAGCCCCCACCUGCGAUUCCAUAACCUGACCUUGAUUUCACCCCAUGGCCUUCCGGGCGAGAUGGCGCCAGAUGAGGUUCGGGACCAGAUGCUUGGAAACAGUUUCUGUUACAACCAGAAUGAGUUCUCGAAGACCUCGCUACGAACCUGGGUCAACGUCGUUUAUGGGAAAAUGACAGCCAUUGACAGAAAGAAGAAAUUUGUGGUUGUGGAAAAUAGUUCCAUGGUUCCGUACGAUCACCUGAUCCUGUGUACUGGGGAACAAUACCAGAUCCCCGCCCCCACGGAAGCCGAUAUUGAAGGAGGGGCCACAAACGCUGAUCUCCCAAACUCCCCUGAUAUGAGAUACAUGAAGGCACAACCCAAGAAUUUGUUCCUAAUUAACGACGAGUAUGAUGCUGCUGUGGCACUUUACUGGAUAGAAAACAGCCUCCUCAAAUCAUCUCGGAAGGUUGUUAUCUAUGGUGGGACAUUGGAUGCCUAUUGUUGUGUACAGUCCCUUCUCGCAAUGGGUGUGACAGGAGAUAGAAUCUCCCUGGUGGAACCCUCAGCUGCUUAUCAGACAACUUGCUUCAACAACCCAACACUCGAUGCGACGAUCCUCAAAUCGGUGAAAGAAGCUGGUGUCCAGGUGUAUUCUGGGUACUAUCUCGCCCAGUGGAAUGACGGGAUUGGUGAGAUAGGGGAGAUAACUUCGGCAAGCUUCACCUCAAACAAAGAACCUCUUAUCCUGGAAUGUGGGGCAUUCUUUGCUUACUACAAGGCUUCGGUAGACACAGACUCAUUUAGAGCCAUCAAUGAUGCUUGUCUGGUGUACGAUGGUAAACUGGUGAUUGAUGCAGCAUUCCACACCAAUGACGUCGCUAUCCGUGGCGCUGGUACAUUGACUAAAUACCAGCGUAAAUAUCACGCCGAGCAGUGGACACACGCUAACUUCAACUCCAAAGAAGUCGGCAUCCAUCUGGCCACAGAAAUGUUGCGGUUAUUUGACCCCACAAUGGAACCACAAUCGGCACCACCUGAAGAAGCCCUGAAUCUUAUCCCCAUCUACCGCAACCCUAAGAUCCAGGGUGGAAUUUUACCAGGGGGCUACCACUACCUCCAUGUGGCCAAACCAGGUCUAGACACGCCCCUUAGCAACCAGAUGGCACAGCCUGAUUAUGGUAAGGAAUACAUCACAGGGACGGUGGACGGAGAUCCGGGUUACUUCCGUCUUCAUAUCAACCAAUACAAUACCAUAGAAACCAUCACAUGCCUUUCUAAACAGCCGAUUCCGAGCAGCAAUUUCAACUGUCUUUACGGACUACAUGAGAGAGGUCUCAACAACUUGAUGUCCAGGUUUAACGAGGGCUUAGUUAAAGAUUUCAUCAGCUAUUUUAUGGAGAAAUGGUGUCUGGCUGUUUACCAUGACAGAUUUGCAGAUUUCCGCGAUGAAGUGCGAGAACUCCUCAUCACAAGUCCAGGCCCUGGACAGGAGUCUGUGGAGGAACGCGUCCGACAGGUUGUGGAUGAGGAUGUGGCUAUGAAUGAGAGCCAGAAAGGCGAACUGUUGGAUAUUUACCGGAAUAGCGGAGCGAAGCGUGCCGUGGAGACCAGGCUUCUUAGCUUCAUCAGUUAUAACUACUACCAUCUACCCAUGUACGCCAAACCGGGCAUGGUGUAAAAAGUAUAUAAACUGGCAUAAUGUGAAACGAAAAAAUAAGUCAGCUGGCAUAGUGUAAAAGGAGAACUAGGUCAGUCGUCCACAGCUGAUAGAGUCUGAAUAAAAAUGUCCAUGCAGUUAAAAAGAGAGACUGAAAAU